AUUUUACAACAAAAGAAUUCAGCAGAUUCGCUCUCGAAAUGUCACCAAAACUCUUCGGCGCCUCUCUCACCCCAACAGCAUAUUCAGUCUUAUACAGACUUUUGCCGACGAUUACAGACCCUUGAGGAAAAUCUCGGCUCGCUGGCCCAAAAACGCCGAAGCUGUACUGGACAAGAUGGCGAACGACGAGGACGUCAACGGGGCUCGCCUGUCUCUCAUACGGCUUCAG